AGCCAAUGAGAGGUGAGCGCGGCGCAAGGGCGCGGGGGCGGUGCGCGCUGAUAGGGCGCGGGCCGGGGAGCUUGGCCGGGGGCUUGCAAACAGCGGCACGUUGGAGCGGGGCGGCGGCGGGCAGGUGUUUCAUGGAGUGAUUCCAUCAUGCCCCAUGCUGUCCGUGAGCGCUAGCACCGCAGGUCUCUGCAGCCCUGUCUGAGACCACACGGGCCGGACCCAGCGAUGGGGGACUCUCCAACAACUGCUGUGGAUGGAGGCACAGGAACGUGCUGCAAAGACACCCAGACUGAGCUGGCAGAGCGGGUGGCAGCCAUUGAUGUGGCUGUUGGCCCAGACAGAAGUGACCAAAAUGGUGAAGACAACACUGAAGAAAAUGACACUGUCUUUACUGAUAAUAUAAAAGACAUCCAAAGAAAUGGAGUCAACAGUGAUGUGGGAACGAAUCAAUUUCUGCCUCCUCAGAGGCAAGAAGAUGCUCACUGGAGGCACGUUCCCAAGAGACCUCUCACUAGGCCCGUCCUAUCAAGUAGGAAGUUGUCUCUUCAGGAAAAAUCAUCAGGAGGUUAUUUGGCUUCUAGCAACACUCCUGGUUAUGGUCCUUAUGCCACUGGGCCAUCGCCACGUAUAAUGAGGCGACCAACGAUAGAGUCCAAUCGGGUCUCCAUAUCGGAUUCGGAGGACUGCGUGCAACUAAACCAGUACAAGCUGCAGAGCGAAAUAGGCAAGGGCUCCUAUGGUGUUGUGAAACUGGCCUACAAUGAGGAUGAUGACAAGUAUUAUGCUAUGAAGGUCCUCUCCAAAAAGAAGCUCUUGAAGCAGUACGGAUUUCCACGUCGGCCUCCUCCCAGAGGGUCCAAAGCAUCCUCCGGAGAGCAGCCCAAACCCAUGGCACCCCUGGACAGGGUCUAUCAGGAAAUAGCCAUCUUAAAGAAGCUGGACCAUGUCAACAUCGUUAAGCUGAUAGAGGUCCUUGACGAUCCUGCAGAGGACAACUUGUACAUGGUGUUUGACCUCCUGAGGAAAGGGCCUGUCAUGGAGGUACCCAGUGACCAGCCCUUCAGUGAGGAGCAGGCUCGGCUUUACUUCCGAGACAUCGUCUUGGGCAUCGAGUACUUGCACUACCAGAAGAUCAUCCACCGGGACAUCAAGCCUUCCAACUUGCUCUUAGGAGAUGAUGGGCACGUCAAAAUUGCUGAUUUUGGAGUCAGCAAUCAAUUUGAAGGGAACGAUGCCCAGCUUUCCAGCACAGCAGGGACACCGGCCUUCAUGGCACCAGAGGCCAUCUCAGAGUCUGGCAAAAGUUUCAGUGGAAAGGCGCUCGAUGUAUGGGCCAUGGGAAUCACCCUGUACUGCUUUGUUUACGGGAAGUGCCCUUUUGUAGAUGAAUAUAUUCUGGGUCUUCAUAACAGGAUCAAGAACAAGCCUGUAGAAUUCCCAGAAGAAGCACAGAUAAGUGAAGAAGUCAAGGAUCUGAUCCUACGCAUGCUUGAUAAAAAUCCCGAAACAAGGAUAACAGUCCCUGAAAUUAAGGUGCAUCCGUGGCUGACCAAGGGUGGUGAGGAGCCGCUGCCGCUGGAGGAGGAGCACUGUACUGUGGUGGAGGUGACAGAGGAGGAGGUGAAAAACUCAGUGAAGACGAUCCCGAGUUUGCCGGCUGUGAUCCUGGUGAAGGCCAUGCUAAGAAAACGUUCCUUUGGAAAUCCAUUCGAGGUUCAGACGAGACGGGAGGAGAGAUCCAUGUCUGCGCCAGGGAACUUACUGAUGGACAGGUUCCUCUUAAACACAUCUGUGUAUUUGCAUCCAUCUUUAAGAAAACAAGGGAGCAGAGAAGGAGGCAGGGACCCAGAGCUGCCUGACGUGUGUGAAGAUGAAGCUACAUCCUGAAGCUGCCUGGCUGUGCUGGCUGGUCACUCACGUGCUGCUGCUGUCGUACCCAUUGUGGUGUUGUCUAGCACACAUCCGCCCUCAUCGCCAAGUCCAGGGCCUGCAGAGCAAAAAAACCCACCGAAACGGACCAAUCCAGAAAAGCUGAAAGGAGAAACAGAGCAGUAGCAAGGAGAAGAGCGAGUCCUCAGGCAGCGUGGCUGGCAGAGGGCUGGCUCGGCCUCGUGGGCGGCUGCGUUCCUCGUGCGAGGUGUCCAUGCACUCCUCCGUGCGUGCCUUGCUCUCCACUUGUGCUUCACGUGUGGGCUUCGUAGCUGAUUGUCUUGGCCGAUGAAUGUGGUUUUAUUUGUAAUGCAGCAAACCAAACAUUGUUGUUCACCCCGGAGACUUUUUCCUUGCUUUAUUGCAUCCUCUAUUUCAAGCACCGGGAAAAACAAAUGCGUCAGAGCCAGGUAACAUCAAGGGCAACAGUUUCGUUUAAUACACGGGUAAAGCACUUCUGUAUAUCAGGACACAGUCCUGCUCCUGUUGGAGCUGAUGGCAAGAUGUCUAUUGCUAUCAGGUAAAUGGUGAUGAGAUCUUCCUUUCAGAGUGAGCGCUCUCACUCUUCAUGCCUUCCUUUCUCUUUUUUUCCCUUCUCUUCUUACCCCUCAGUUUUGCACAGUGUAAAUCCUGCCGGCAUCGAUGGCUUUAAGGCAGUGUUGUAAAACAGAACAACUACCCAACGCUCUCUGUAAUGUGCAAUGAGCCUUUGGACAUCGUAAAGAUCUGGAAAAUUUGGGAUAUGCUGUUACAUGGCAAGGCUUCGUGCCCUGAGGAUGUUGCUAACCCAGUGUCCUCCUCCCAGAGAGCUGCGAUCACGCUCUCUCAGCUGCACCCGAUCCUGUGCUCACCGACCUGGUUCUCAAAGGUGAAAAGAAGUGGCAGGUUGGGGGUUUAUUUCAUUUCCCCUCACUCAUCUCUCAGCUCCUUUAAAAUUAUGAACCUGAUGCUUUUAAACUUCAAUUUCUUGAUCAGUGACCCAGACUGGGAGAGCUCCCUUAGGAUGGGAAAUAUCGGUGAAGGGUUUAUAGACUAAGGAAAGCUACAGAACUCAAAUGUGAUCAAAGCUUGAUCUUUUGGGGUUUUAAGGCUUUAAUUUUGAACUUUAUUUUAAGACUGUAAUUUUUAUGCACGUGCUGAUGCUGCUAUUUUAUCCAGACUGCUUCUAAACUUGGGAUUAGAAGCUUCAUCUCUACAGCUGGACAACAGGUGAGAGACUGCACUGGAAAGGCGAACACCACUGUUUUGGUGGCUGCUGGCCGUGUGGACUCUUGUGUGUAAUCGGGAAUUUCACUCUUGCACUCAGAGGGUGAAAAACCGGUGACAUCAUUCCACCAAAAUAAAUGUCAGUAUUUUCCCUUGAGCUUGGUGGGGCCUGAAAAUGCCCCUGGGAAGCCAACGGGGUUGGGUUCUUAUUUUAUAGUAGUUAAAUAAAGGACACAAUUCAAUUUGGUUCCUCCAUAUAACCGUCUUACUGUCUGGUUUAGGUUAAUCCUGAGGGCUUGGGGCUUUCAGUGCCCUAAUUGAUUGUGCAAGGGGAUAUAUGUGUGAGCAUUGUUGGUAGUGACUGGUGUUCCCGUUCUGUUUACUGCGAUCUGUUUGGUGGUUCCCGGUGGUUUUUUUGGCAGGAUUUUCCUGCUGGUGCCUUCUGCUCCCUGUCCCCAGCCUGCCAUCUCCCCUCGCACAUCCUCAGCCACCCCGAGAUGCCCAGAAGCAGUCACCAGCCUGGGAUCUGCCCCACAUCUCACUUGUAAAUACUGGCAAACUGGGAAAUGGUAUCACAUCUGAUGGGUUUUGGUAAGGAGACCUUGAAUGUCUAAAGCAGGCUGAGGGUUUUUAUCCUGUAAAGGUCACUGCUGUGGGCCUGGGCUCCGUGUUGCUCGCAUCCAGGUGGGAAACGCUGCCUGCGUUUGUGCAUCUGCCGGCCCUGCUGUGUUCUCAGCAUCCUCCAAGAGCCUGAGGCUCGGCUUUGGCCCUGUGCCGCGAUCCAUCCCGCGGGCUGGCACAUGUGAGCGCAGGAUGGGCCCUGCUGCCUUGUAAGGAAGAUGUAAGCACCCGGUGAAAGGGAGUGAAAACUGGGAUGGCGACUUGGCAAGUCUGAGAGCACAGGGGGGCUCUGCGAAUGCAGGAGGAGGUUGGUUGCAUGGGGAGCGAACGGAAGUGAAAAGGGAUCUCUGAGGAAAGGAAUCAUCGAGUGGGUUGGGUUGGGGGGGGUACCUUAAAGCCUGUCCAGUUCCAACCCCCAUCACGUUGGAUGGGGCUUGAAGCCCCCUGACCCAGUGUCCCUGCUAUGGCAGGGGGUGGGACUGGGUGGGCUUUGAAGUCCCUCCAACCCAAACCAUUCUAUUCCAUGAUUAUUUGUUAUUUUUUCAUUGCCUUAGACGCUAGAAGCAAGCGCACAGCAGACUGGGUUUUCUGAGAGAUCAAGUGUCACAUCUCAAUGUAUUUUCUUUAUCAUUGUUUUGGGGGUGGGUAAGUCAGGCCUGUCCUCUGCUGGUUGCCGGGGCAUCAAUUGCAGAUCUUGUUUGUGUCCUGUUGGGUGGUGCUUUGCUUUUUGCAUCUUGCAGGUGAGAGAAAUCUGAGUGUCAAAGCUACAAGUUCCCCUGGAAACCAGUGCCGGGGAUGCUGCUGGUCAGUUAUGGGUUGGCAGCGGGUCCGGUCAGGGUGCAGCCAGCGUGAGCACCGGCACAGGCUGCGGCGUUUCCCCUCAGAGAGAGGGUAGGGGUGGAGAUGGACAGUGUGGCAGCUUUGGGAAUCUUCUUGCAUGUCCUUGCAAGAGGAGGUGGAGGGGAGACCUUAUUGCUCUCUGUAACUCCCUGGAAGGAGGUUGUAGCGAGGUGGGUGCUGGGCUCUUCUCCCAAGUGACAAGGGACAGGAUGAGAGGAAAUGGCCUCAUGUUGUGCCGAAGGCAAUGGCAGGGAAGGCAGGGUCCUUUCUGCCCGGAGGGGAUCUCAAUGUAGAAACAUUUCCAAAGGAAGGAGGAUGGUGCUGCAGUGCUGGGGGGUCCAGCAGGAAAACUGGAGGCUGGCAAAAGGUACUGGAGUUUAUGUGUAGCUGUAACUUAGUUUGGGUAUCAGACUUCCUCACUUCACCAGGGCACCUUUACAGUGGUGUUUGAGCAAAGCAGUGGAAGGAAGAGAUUUCUUUUCCAGCCCAGAACUUCCUACACAAAACCUCCCGAUCUGAAUUAACCCGGAUUAUCCCACAACCUUUUUUCUGAAUGCAGCCUCCCACGGGACUGGGGAAAGAAAGGAGCUCAAGAGUUGCUGCCUUUCAUGUUCCCUUCCCUGGAGGAAAGCCACGGAUGCUCAGAGUUGUUGCUAGCAAAUGCCCAGGCCCUCAGGCAGUAACCUCAACCAUCAGGCAAAGCGGUCUAAAAAAGGUGUGAAUUCAAGAAAAAACAAACUGCGACUUCUGAGAAUGUAAUUGGGAUCCUCUGUGCCGUAAUUUUGCUGCUGUUUGAUUUAUAGGCCUGUUCAGUUGGUAUUUGAGUCUCUUGUUACACUUGUUGUUAAUAUCCGAGUCUGUACGUACUCUGCUAAGACUCCAGCAUGAUGGAUAUGCACUCAGUGCUGUAAUGGCACGGGGCCAUUACACUGUAAAUAUGUACCAUGAAUAGAGAGGCUAUUUUUUGCAUGCUUUUGUACUCUAGAACCGAAGCGAAAAUGACAAUAAAGUCCACAGAAACGA